CGGUGCUCAAGACUGUGCAGCUUCAUGCCGGCGGCCCUCCUCACGUCCCUGGCCCUCGGGCAAAUGGUCGCUAGCGGCGGCGACUUCCUGACGCGCAACGGAUUCGCGACUCUCGGACCCCGCCCCGAGUUCCUCGUUGCGACCAUGCGCUCGUCUUCCACGAUCAAGCACGACCUCGAGCAGUGCCUCAAGCAGCCUCCGUCCUUUUUCGAGCAGCACACCUUUAGCAUCGGCCACCGCGGUGCGUGCAUGCAGUUCCCAGAGCACACGGCUGAGUCAUACGUGGCGGCGGCGGCAACCGGGGCCGGCAUCAUCGAGUGCGAUGUGGCGGUGACCAAGGACGGCGAGCUCGUGUGCCGCCAUUCGCAGUGCGACCUCCACACCACCACCAACAUCCUGCUCACCUCGCUCGCUGACAAGUGCACGGAGCCCUUCAAGCCCGCAGAUCCUGACAGCGGCACUGGUGCUUCGGCUAAGUGCUGCACGUCAGACAUCACCCUCGCGGAGUACAAGACACUGUGCGGCAAGAUGGACGGAAUGGAUUCGACGGCCACGACCGCCGACGAGUACGUCAAGGGGACCGCCGCCUGGCGAACCGACCUCUACUCCACCUGCGGAACCGUCGUCUCUCACGCGGAGUCCGUGGAGCUCAUCAAGAGCCAUGGCGCGCUCUUCACGCCCGAGCUCAAGGCUUACACGCCGGGCGUCGGCAUGCCUGCCUACAACACGAUCCGCCAGAAGCUCAUGGAUGAGUACACGAGUGCGGGCGUGGCGCCGUCGGAUGUCUGGCUGCAGUCGUUUGUGGAGCAGGAUGUGAUGUACUGGCUGGCGGCCUCGCCCGCUGGCUUUGGCCCGCAGGCGGUGAUGCUCGACAACAACUACACGGACGGCACGGCAGGCGGCUUGAUCGACGCCUUUGACAGGCUCUCGUCGGCCGGCGUGAAAAUCCUGGCGCCUCCGAUGCAGAUGCUCGUCAAGGUGGAGGCAGGCGAGUACCUCCCGUCAAACUACGCGAUGGCGGCCAAAGCCAAGGGCUUCGAGCUGAUCACUUGGACGCUCGAGCGGUCGGGUCCGCUCGUGUCGGGCGGCGGCUGGUACUACGGCACCUCGAACGACCACACCAAGGUGGACGGCGACAUGCUCGACCUCACGCACACGCUCGCCACAAAGGUCGGCGUGCUCGGCAUCUUCAGCGACUGGCCAGCCACGACCACGUUCUACGCAAACUGCAUGCUCAAGCCUCGCAUCUCGAUCGGCGAAGCGUGCGACCCUCUUCGCCCGGCUUGCGCCUCCGGACUCGCUUGCCUCCCGAAGCCGCACUCGCGCCGCAAGCUCAUGUUCGCCUCGACGGACAAGUGCGCCGCGGACUAUACGUGCAUGUGAGCCUUCGCGAGGCCGCGUGCAAGCGUGGAUCCGCGGAAUGCGGGAGCCCAAGCGCGGAUCCGCGGAAUGCGGGAGCCGGCCCUCAAGGCUGGGCCCCCACCUAGUCGCGACAAGUGGUGCGCUAGUCGCACUCCCCUUUCUAGCGUGAUCCACGGACUCAACACAAGCCGCAGGCUUCGCAAGACGGUGUCCGGCGGGUUGGUGAACUGUAUAAGUGCGUGUACAUAUGGAGAGAGACAACAUCGACAACCAACACGCCCGUCGCCCGAACGUAAGUUCGGCUGAGUUGACGAUGCAUGUGUGCAGCGCUCCGGCUCAGCCGAGCCAGCCGCCGUACGAGUAUGUGUCCCCGCCACCCUGCUCGCUCCUGACUCUGUUCUCGAGCAAGCGAGCGGCGGGGCUAGCCACGCCCUGUUGCACAGCUGUCGACGUCGCUCCGGCAACCGCGGACGCCGCGGACGCCGUUCCACCUGGCACCUCCGCCGAGAGAGGCGCGGACGGCUACCUCGCUCCUCGGGCUCCGCAUACGCGAUCUGCAUCGCGCUGCCCGUGCCCCGCCCCACCACACCGACCCUGAGGUCGAGAGAGAUGUCGAGCCCCACUGUCACUGCGCCCUUUGCGAGCAGCUCGAGGAGUAGCGUGUUGAGGGUGGUGGCGGGUGCGCGCAGAACGAUCGGGAAGGCGCGGUCCGACGGGCGGCGCGAGAAGGCCGCGAGUGCGAGCGGCGGGUCGAGCCGCGGCAUCGUGACGGAGCCAACCUUGGAGCCGCCGUAGACGAUGCCUAUCGAGAUUGCCUGGACCGAAGCCGAGACGUUGAACGGGUUGGAUACGCGGCAGGCCGCGGAGGCGUGGACGACUGCGUCGCCCCACGGGUUGACCAGCUUGCUCGUCACCAAGCCAGUGAGCGCCUGCGGGACGUCCAGCGACAUUGCGAUCUCGUCGAAAAAGUGCGCGCCGCCUGGGCGGCCUGGAAGCGACGUGUCGAGGCGCAGAGACGAGAGCGCGGCAUCAAACAGCGGCUCGCUGGCGGCGGUGAUGACAGCGGUCAACCCUGUCGACGCCCUGCCCGACACGUAGUCAUGGAGCACCGCGCGAAACGCAUCCGACUCCUCGUCGGGGACGGCGAGAUGCCCAGUAAGCGAGAGUGAAGUGACUCCUCUCCGCAUGCUGACGGGUCCGACCGUCGACACCUUUGCGAAGGCCGUGCCGUCGCUUGUCAGGAUGGAGAAGUCGAGCACGCCGAUGGACAGGAGUUGGAAGGACGACGGGUUCCGGAUGCGCACCCCCAUCGAAAGCGCGACGGUGGCGUUGCCUUGGUUUGGCUGAAGCUCGAACGAGUCGAUCAGAGGGUCGAGUCCCCCCGCGCCUCUGAGGUGUAGCCGUUUCACAAGCGAGAGCUGGCGGAAGUGGCCGAGCAGCGGCACAUGCACGUCCACCCAUCCAGCCACGUCGAGCUCGAGCUCCGACUCCUGCACCACCGCAGCGCUCAGGGCCUGGAGUGGACCGAGCCCGAGCGGCACAGCCAUUGGGCCGGCGAUGGUGAUUGGCACCGCACCGCCUCUGUCGAGCGAAAUCCGACCCACCUCCAGCCGGCCCACCACCCCACCACCGUGCACGACGUCGAGGCUGGCAGAAGUUAUGCUGCAGCCCACAGGAAGAGGAAUCAGGUCGAGAACGCCUGUCGCCUCGACGAGCAGCGAGCUUCCGUCGCCAGCCGCGAGGCUGAAGGUUUCCAGCUUCAGCACGGAAUUGCCAACGACGGUCUGCACAGCCGCCCUCGCAAUCACCAGCACAAAUACGAGGGCGAUGAAAGCGAGGCACAACUGAGUCCGGCGACGAAAGCGAGGCACGGCUGGCUGCGGGUGUUGGUCGUUUGUGUCAGCAGGUCUGUUGUGGGUCCGUUUCUUCGCGAGCGGCGAGCUACAGGCGACGGCGACUGGCAGAACAUCAUGCGACUCAGCCCGCGGCAUGAUGUCGGACGCGCAUAAGGAGAGGAGUCGCUGCAAGGACAGACUGUUUUCUGUGAUCAUCGCUCGGCUGAGGCGGGCAGCGCGCGGAGCUGGUUGCUGCACACGUCGAGCUCCUGCAGACCAGCCAGUCAGUCAGCGCCCAGUCCAGAGCGGGGCCUUGGUUCCU